AGAGCGCCGUAUUGAGAUUUGUUUUUAGCUUAGCUGGGAUACACGAGUGAAAUUGUAACCGAGGAAAAAAUAAGGUUAAGCUUCUUAUCUCUGAAAAUUGCUUUUCCUUAAACAUUAUCACAAACAUCCUGCAUCCCGCCCCUCUUAUAGAACUGCCAAAGGAGCCAGACAUUGCCUUUCAAUCUAACAUUACCAGUCUGAAGCUGACUUGCUGCCAUGCCGGUGCACCGUGACCGGGAGAAGAAGGAGAGCACAGCAGAGGAGAUGGAGGUGGAGGAGCAGGAGCAAGAGGCGUCCAGCUCAGAGGAGGAGGAUUCCGACACCACCUCUGUCUCCGAGGAUGGAGACAGCUCUGAAAUGGAUGAGGAGGACUGUGAGCGGAGGAGAAUGGAGUGUCUGGAUGAAAUGUCCAACCUGGAGAAACAGUUCACGGAUCUGAAAGACCAGCUGUAUCAUGAGCGUCUCAGUCAGGUGAACAGCAAGCUGGCAGAGGUGGAGGCUGGCCGGGCAGCAGAAUAUCUGGAGCCUCUGGCAGUACUGCUGGAGAACAUGCAGGUCCGCACCAAGGUGGCAGGUAUUUACAGAGAGUUGUGUCUGGAGUCUGUGAAGAACAAGUAUGAGUGUGAGACUCAGGCAGCAUGCCAGCACUGGGAGAGUGAGAAGCUGCUGCUGUUUGAUACAGUACAGAGUGAACUGGAGGAGAAAAUUAGAAGACUGGAGGAAGACAGACACAGCAUAGAUAUUACAUCAGAGUUGUGGAAUGAUGAGUUGUCAGGAAGGAAGAAGAGGAGAGAUGCGUUAAGUCCAGAUAAGAAGAGGAGACGACCUUCUGUGGUGUCCGGCCCAUAUAUUGUUUACAUGCUGCCUGACUUGGACAUCCUGGAGGACUGGACAGCUAUCAGAAAGGCCGUGGCUACGCUGGGUCCCCACAGAGGGAAGGCCGACUCUGACAGCUCCGUGUUCCCAUUCAGACCAGACAGAAACAGACCCAUUCUCAACUGCUAAGGAACACACACAUACCCAAACACACGCAUGCUGUCACACAUUAGGAAGUCAAACACACGAGGACCUCAAAUACAUGCACAAUAUAUGCAAACGUGUAUAUAUAUAUAUAUAUAUAUAUAUAUAUUGCACAGAUGGUAGCAUUCAUUUCUGCAAGCAUGGAAACGCACACAUCUGAACAUUUCUCUGAAUCUUCCCACAAUCCACUACACUCCUCAGCUAACAGCGACACCAGUCGGUAAGCUGCCUCUCGGGCCAACAGGCACACACAAUAAGGACUCGCGGGUUUGAAUCCCUUUAAAGGACAAACAGAAAUAGAAGCAUUAUUUUCACUGACAUGUUACCAGUACUUCUGUUCAGAAUUUGGCUUUUUCUUUUUGUGCGUGCGUGCGUGUGUGCGUGUCUGUCUGUCUGUACCAAUCCUGGUUUCUGUUAACUCAGUGGAUAGGUAAGAAAAGGUUUCCUUAUUAACGGACAAUUCUAAGCAAAUAAAGGGUUUAAUUCCAAAAAGACAUAUCAUAUAAACCAUUAAGGUUAAGGUAACCAUUAAAGAAUGUGACACGCAGAGUUCAACCUAUAUAGGUUUUUAAAAGGCAAUGUCUGCUGAAGCCACUGGAACUCAUUCCACUACUCAUCUCAUUGUGAGAAAUUAUUUUAGAAAUUACUGUGUGCCCCAGAUUAUGGGGGGUUUUGAGGGUGUAAAAACCACUGAUGCAACAUUUAAGUAUUACUGAACACUAAAACUAAUAAAAUUAGGGUUUUAUUGACUAAUGCCUGAAAAGAAACAGCCACAAUACAGAGCACUUGGGUGACACAAACUGGCAAAAAAAUAUACAUCUUAAUUUUAUUAAAAUUUUAAUUUUUCAAUUUUAUCAUAAUAUCUUAUCUAAAUAGAAGCCUAAUACUCCUAGUGGCACGCAAAAUGACUCCUGGUAUGAAAGUAAAACAUAGUGGGCUUUGAUUGUGGCAGUGUCAGCAGGCCUUCCAGCUGAAUGGACACCAUAUAACAAAGACACCAUAAGUCACUUGGAGAGUUUUAGCAAUUGUUCGCAGCACCGUAUUCACCAGCAGUCCAAGAGCCUUUGCAAACAUUUAAAAUAGAGUUUUAUUUUGGCAAUACUGGAGCUUUUAAAAGGUUUUCCUUCAUGGAGUAUUCAAACCAGGGAGUCACUAUCCUUACAUGCUCAGUGACAAGGUCACAGUGAAGGUUUCGUUUCACAGGCUUCACAUCAUGUGUAAUUGUAAACAUAGCGAUUUUUAAUCUUGGUUGUUGAUGAAGCUUCCAAUGACAUAUGGGGAAAUACUGGUUUAUUUAUGAACCUGGUGGAUUGUGCCAUGAAAUAUUUUUAAUUUUUGUACUUUUUUUUAUCUGGAUCAGUUUAAAUGUCUUGUAUGAGACUAAUAAUAACUUUUUGUUAUGGUGUUUUAAAUAUAUAGGCCGUGAUUAUCUGUACAGUUUUUUUGUUGUUUCAGAGAGCAUCCAGCACUCUACAGCGCCUGCAUUUGGAGUCAAGUUCUGUAAAAAUUUCAUUUGUUUUUAGGGCUGCAUCUUGCAUUUGUAAGAGUUACUGUUUGGCUUUAACUAAAAUCCUAUAUUUUUGUUAACAUAGCUGGUUAUUUGCAUGUGGAUUAUCAAGUACAGUCAAUUUACUCCCCUCUUUAUUUACCAUUGCAAUUGCAAACCAGUAUCAAUAAUGCAAUGAGUCAUGGUAACCACAUUAACAAUGAUUUUAUAAUGACGGAGGGCCAAAUAUAAUACAGACUACAUAUGAAAAGAUAAAAUACCAUGGUAGCCCUUCAAAGUUGUUAUUCAACAGGUAUUACUGUUACACUCUGUUCUUAUGCAUCUACCUCUUCUCUCUGUCGCUCACUCUACAGUAAAGUCCACGUUUGCAUAAUUACUCACAAACGUGAAAAUGCUUCCAUCUUUACGAGCAUCCUGACAAGAGUUGAUCUUUGUUGUUUCAGUGUAUUACUGGUUUAUAUGGCUGAGCAGAUUUGUACAGAUACUGUGAUGAUGACUUCAUUAAUUGCACAGACAGGGAAGGAACCAAACUGUGUCCUUCAAAUCAUACCCCGCCAUCGGGUCUUCACAGACACAACCCACUGUUUAUAAAAGGGUGACGAACAAACUGCCAUUUAAUAAUAUUGAUUUUUAUAAACUGGGGUUUUUGAAGAUUAAGGUGGUGGGGAUAUUCAAUAUUCAAAUCAAUAUUUUUUGACAGUUUAUGUUUAAUACUGUGUCUUUCUUGUUGAUGAUGUGGGUGGGUUUUACUAUUAAAAGUUGUUUUGUAAGUAA